CAGAACCCUCGACGUCGUUGCCCCGCAAACCCUCGCCGCUUCCUCGAGCCGCCGAUGACCCAACGGCGGUCGCCGCCGCCGAAGCGCCGCCGCGUGUCGCGGCCGCGGCCCCUCCUCGGCUUCUCCCCCUUCGCUCGCUGCGUCCUCCUCUCCCGCGUCGCCUCCGCCUCCGCCUCCGCCUCGAAGCCCCCUCCGCGGACGCCGCCGUCCUCCUCUUCGUCCACCCCCCAUCGGCGAGAGCCAAAAGAAGAAGGAAUCGGCAACCCUAAACCCCUAAAACCCACCAAACGAAUCGAAUCCUCCAGCGACGACGAAGACGACGAAGAAGAGGAGGAGCAGGAACUUGAGACGGUGCAAGCCGAUUUCGGAUUCUUUGAUCCCAAGCCGGGGGAUUUCCAUGGGGCGAAGCUCCUCCUCCAAAGCUACCUCGACAAUGAGCCGUGGGACCUUAGCGGGUUCGUGGACCUCGUCCUGAAUCAGACCACGGUGGGGACCGUUGUGAGAUUGGACGGCUAUGAUGAUGACAAUGAAGGGGACGGGGAUAACGGUAGCAGCGGCGGUGACGAUGACGAGGAUUUGUAUGGCGUUGUUACUGCACUCAAUUUAAAAAGAUAUGCUGAGCAUAAAUGCAUUAAGGAGCUCAAAAAGUUCCUUCUCGGAGUAUGUAGGGAUGAGAAUACGAAGAAGAAGCUAAAAUUGCUAUUGGAAGAGCAAGCGAGUCAAGUGGGCUUGUUGGUCUCGCAGCGGUUUGUAAACUGCCCUUACCAACUUGUGCCCCCAUUGUAUGAUGCACUUUUUGAUGAGGUCUCAUGGGCAACAGAAGAUGAGCCCACACAAGAACUUCGAGACUCCUUCCGGUUCAAAAGCUAUUUGUUGAUUAGCAGGAUAUAUGAGAGAGAUCCGAACAAACCAAAGGGAAAGCGUAGCGUCAAUCAAGAUGAACCUGUUAUUUAUAUAAAGGCAGAAGAUGAAAUAUUUCAUGAGCUCAGCACUUGGUCUUUUACUUUUCCUGUGCAUGCUGAGCAGUUGGUUCCAGACGAUUUGAAGAACUAUAGGCAGAUGGGUCUAGUUCUGGUUGUUAAAGCUGACGAUGUUCCCAAGUUUCGAGAUAAGUUAAAAUCGUUAGUAGCUGCUGAAUCAUGAUGCCUUCGGCAUGAUAAUUUUGGUGUGAAAUAGUUGUUCUAUAUUUCUGAGGGCUAGCUGUUGCCACUUUAUUUGUAGUUGAAAUAUCAAAUCUCAUUUCAUUGUUGCAUUUCGUGCAGCAAACAUAAAUUUCAAGGUGAAGUUUCCUUUUCAAUUGGUUGGUAAGGACAGAGGAGCUAAAAUUUGUGUAAUAUCUCUGGAAAAGGGCUUGAUGGUUAGUACCCGAGACCCAAAUUCGAAUCCUAAUUGAUUCACAUUUCUAGCUAAGUUUAUUUCUAAAUGAAAUAAACGAAGCGGGUAGCGUGCUACCUAUCUUUCAAAAAAAAAAAAAAUCCCUAGAAAAGUUAAGUAUUUUGUAGAUUGUCCAAAGAUAGGCGGUGGGACACAAAAUACUUUUGGCAUUUCAUUCCCUUCCUUUUUGUUUAUGUAGUUGCAGGAUGUGCAAAUCUAUUUUACUUGUAGUUUUAGAGGCUAAACAGAAAAAUGUGCAUGAGCAUUGUAGAUUGAUCGUGCCCUUCGUUAUAAUCACAACAUUUAGGGGAGUUACCGGUCAUUACAUUGUCUAUUAGGGCUAUUCUGCAAAUAAUUUGCUAUUAUUUUGUAUCAACAAAAUGCUAAUGGCACAUCUUUUUCUAA